AGCAAAGUUUUACGUGACGUUGACACGAAUUAGGUGCUUGCUUGUAUUAUUGCUCUCGAGACACGUGGCCAGACAUGUGCGUCUCGCUCGGAAACGGAGAAAAAGUGCAUCAUAAGUGAAGCAACCCAGCAACGGAUAGCAAUUGUGGCAAAUGGUCUCUAGAUUGGUACGCUACGCUUUCGCUUGAUAAGAGACGAUCGACGACGAUCCGCCCGAUCGUAGUAACGCUUUUGGAAACACCGAGUCAUUGUAAACAGCGGCCGUGACGAUUGUCCGUUCCGUCCAUGCGGGUUGAAGGCAGUUCAUUUAACGCAUUCGCUUGUGAACCUUGAAUCGCAGUCUCGGUUAUCUUGAGCAGGGAGCAAUAAACCGUCUAUUACAUUUGGAUGAUGUCUUAUCCACCACAAUAUUAUGGAAUGCCAAAUGGUUUCCCACAUUCUUCCAACGGCCAAAAUCAGCAGCACCAGUUUCCACAACAGCAGCCGCCACAGCAUCAGCAACAACAACAGCAACAGCAAAGUCAAGAUCAACAAUACCAUGCCAGUCGACCAGGAGGAGGAGUUGAUCCAGCGAAUCCAUCCAAAGGACCGAUGCUUUCUAACGGACCGCCGCCCCCGAUAGCAAACAGUCAACUAACCCAAUCAAUGAAUACUGUGGCUGCAGCAGGGGGACCUGCAAAAGCUGCAAAUCAGUUGCCUCCACCAGGCACAAACAGCAGCUGGGUUCAAAAUUGGGCAGCUACCAAUGGGAACAGUGCCACGUCGUCACGUACAUCGUCGCCGGCAUUGGGAGGUGCAGCACCCACCCAACAGAUGCCACCCAUGUCCGGUGCUUCCAGGACGGCUUUAGCAUUGUCCGAGGCUACUCGUGGUUACGCAACCAAUGGUCCCAACAACAACAAUCUUCCGCCAAUGGCAUCUAGUCAAAGUCAACCACCACCGGCCGUGUCUCAGUCGCUGCAAAGCGGACCGACGGCAGCCGGUCUCAGUCCGAACAAUAAUUGGGCCAGCGGGAAGAUGAACGCAGGUGGCAUCAAUCUCGUGAACACGCCACCAAAAAGUGCAUCGGGAAUGUCGACGCCACUGAACGCUUCGACACCAACGCUUACCGGCCCGACGGUACUUGGCGGGCAGCAGCAAGCGGUGCAAAAGUUAACGGCAAGCGUUCAGGAUCUUAGUCUGCAGCGGCCGCCGGCAAUGGGAAACGUUUCGCAACCUGUUGGGCCCGUUCCGCUUCAACCGAACCAGCAGCACCAGCAGCAAAUGCAAACACCAAUGACUAAUGGAAACAGUGGACAGACAGGAGGGCCAAACGUUAACACCCAAACUGGAAUGAAUCAUCGGGCUUAUGGUCAUUUGCCACCCCCUACGAAUAUGCAAUAUCAACAACCUCAACAACAAUCACAGCCACUACCACCACCACCACAACAGCUGCAGCAACAGCCGCCGCAACAACAAGUGCAACCACCGCAGCCACUACAACCACAACAACAACAACAACAACAGGCUCCCCCUUCAAUGCUCCACGGUCCUCCAAUUACGAAUGGUCCGCCCAGCGUAAACCAUGCUGGAUCCGUCACAUCACAACCACCUCCCGCUGGAAAUGCGUCAACGUCAACACCUAGUAUAGGACAACCGCUAAACAAAAGGCCAUUGUAUCCCCCGACAGCAAAUAUGACUCCGCUAGCGAACAGUGGACAGGUACCGCCGCCGCAGCCGCCGCAGAACACUUACACCGGUGGUAUAGCGCAACAGCCGAUGCAGUCUCAGCAGCCGCAACAACAACAGCUCCAGUAUCAGCAGCAACAACAACAGCAGUUCCAGUACCAGCAGCAGCAACAGCAACAACAACAAUUACACCAAGCACAAAUGCAACCACAACAACCGAUGCAUCCACAGCAGCAUCAGCAACAGCGUCCACCGUACGAGCAGAACAAGCAUCAGCCCGCUUACGACGACAGUGGAUACCCGAGGGACUACUCGCGGAACGUUGUGCGCAGCGGUUUCAACAGUUUGUGGGGUACCAACGCGAUUGAUUUGCUGCAGAAUCGCAACGUUUUACCCACCGAUCGGGUUACUCCACCGGCCAUACAUUUGGUGAAUCCACUGCAAAGCUCGGCCAACUGUAAUCCAGAUAUAUUCCGCUGCACUCUCAACAAGAUACCGGAAUCGUUGGGACUGUUGCAGAAAUCACGUUUACCGCUGGGAUUGUUGAUCCAUCCGUUCCGAGAUCUAAAUAACUUACCCGUCAUUUCCUGCAAUUCAAUCGUGCGCUGCAAAACUUGUCGAACGUACAUCAAUCCGUUCGUGUUCUUUUCCGAUAGUAAAAAGUGGCAAUGCAAUCUAUGCUAUCGCACCAACGAUCUGCCGGAAGAGUUCCAGUACGAUCCGGUCACCAAGACCUACGGAGAUCCAACCAGAAGGCCUGAGAUCAAAUCCAGCACGAUCGAAUUCAUCGCACCAUCAGAAUAUAUGCUGCGUCCACCACAACCGGCAAUCUAUUUGUUCCUGCUGGACGUCUCAUCGCUAGCGCAGCAGUCGGGCUAUCUGUACACGGUUUGCAAUACCCUGAUGGAACACCUGGAAAAUUUGCCCGGAGAUGCACGUACACAGGUCGGUUUCAUUGCGUACAACAGUGCUAUCCACUUUUACAACAUUUCCGAAGAAUACAAUCAACCGCAUGAGGUGACGGUUUUGGACGUGGAAGACGUUUUUCUUCCGUAUCCGGACAAUCUGCUAGUGAAUUUGAAGGAGUGCAAGGAGAUGAUCAUGCAGCUGUUGAAGCAGCUGCCGAAGCGCUUCGAACACACGCACGACACUCACAGCGCUUUGGGAGCUGCGUUGCAAGUUGCUUACAAGAUGUUGAGUGCCUCCGGUGGACGUGUCACAGUGUUCCAAACGUGUUUACCAAACUAUGGUCCAGGCGCUCUGCAAUCAAGGGAAAAUCCAAACAACCGUUCGUCGAAGGAAGUGGCCCAUUUGGGACCGGCCACCGAUUUCUACAAACGGCUGGCAUUGGAGUGCUCCGGUCAGCAGAUUGCUGUGGAUUUAUUUUUACUAAAUAGUCAAUACUGUGAUUUAGCCACGAUUUCUGGCAUUAGUAAAUUUAGUGGCGGGUGCAUGCAUCAUAUUCCGCUGUACAGCGAAACUAAGCCGCAGCUAGUGAAAACGCUUCGCAAGUCUCUCGAGCGAUAUUUGACGCGAAAGAUCGGGUUUGAGGCGGUGAUGCGUGUACGUUGCACGCGUGGUUUGACAAUACACACAUUCCACGGCAAUUUCUUCGUCCGCUCGACGGAUUUACUAUCCCUGCCGAAUGUGAACCCAGACGCCGGGUUUGGAAUGCAGAUAACGUACGAAGAAAGUUUGUCGAAAAUAAAAACGGUUUGCUUCCAAGCGGCGCUGCUGUACACGAGCAGCAAGGCCGAACGGCGCAUUCGAGUCCACACGCUUUGCAUACCGGUUACGGAAAGCUUGUCGGAGGUGAUGUACGCGGCCGAUCCACAGUGCAUCGUGGGGUUACUCUCAAAGAUGGCGGUCGACCGUUCCGUUACCUCAAGCCUGUCAGAUGCCAGAGAUGCCUUUAUUAAUGCGACCGUCGAUAUAAUAAGCGCGUUUAGGAUGGUGCAGAAUCUGGCACAAACGUCAAGCAAGCUGAUGGUUCCAGAGAAUCUGCGACUGUUGCCUUUGUACAUUUUGGCUAUGCUGAAGCAUCCCGCUUUUCGAACCGGCACCAGCACGCGAUUGGACGAUCGUGUGUUUGCUAUGAGUGAAAUGAAGUCGCUUCCGCUGGAUCAGCUCAUGCGUUACAUCUAUCCGGAUUUCUAUCUAUUAGAUUGCUUGUUCGUGACCGGAAACAAUGGUUAUGUGGACGAUGGGCACACAUUGCAGCCCAUGCGGUUACAGCUAUCAGCAGAGAAGCUAGACUCUCGAUCGAUGUUUUUGCUCGAUUGCGGCCCUUACAUGUAUAUUUAUAUUGGUUCUAAUGUGGCAUCUAGCAUCAUACAGGAUAUCUUAGGAUAUAAUUCAGUUGCCGAAAUACCUGAUUUUUGCAUUGAUCUACCCAGCCGGGAGACGAAAGCAAGUCAGGCAUUGUUGAAUUUCCUGGAUAUUGUUAAUGACGAGAAACCGUACACCUCCUAUGUGCAAGUGAUUCGUGAUACUAGCCAAUUUAGAUCGAUGAUGAUUGAAAAGUUCGUAGAUGAUCGCAAUCCAAAUUCGCUGUCGUACUAUGAGUUCUUGCAGCACUUAAGUACACAGGUAAAGUAAACCCCCCAAACAAGUGUCCUGCUUUCAACUGGAUCAACGGGUUUUUGCUACAUGAUGGUAACAACUGUUUGCAAAUAAACCCAUCGCCCCCCCAUCGUGUGUGUGUAUGUAUAAAUUACACUAUGCUGAAAGUACUACUCCAAAAGGCGUCGUGGUGUGUACAGGAGAGCGUAAUGUUAUUAUUUCCACUAAUACCAGUUCUUUGACUACAGAACGAACCGAGGGCAGAAGGUGUCUGGAUCGAUUUUUAAAAAAAUUCUUGAGAUAGAAUAAAGCCGCAUCUCUGUUGAAACAGCAGUUUCGGACUCACUCAAACUGAUCGAGCUAGUAAAAUGAGUGUGUACGCCGCUUUAGUGUAGGUUGAUCUAUAAUCCCAAUAAUAAUGGUUCGUGUGGUGGUUGGACAGUGAGUGUGCACACCGUUAGCAAAAAUAUUUAAAACAUGGAACAACAGAUACGCGACGAGACAGGCGAGUGCAGAGCCAGUAACACUGAAAUCCAGCCACUUUCGUCUCGUCGCGGCAAUUAAGGAUAGUAGCUAGUGUAUGUGCGUGUGUGCGUGUGGCAAGUAUGAUAUCCUAGUUUUAAUUUAGGAAACAAUAAAUAACAAAUAAACGAAUUUUCCGGAUGGCACACACCAACGAACCAAAACCCGAUUGUUAUAUGCAAAACCCGAUUGUUGUAGCAAUUUUAGCGCGGAAAGAGUAGACAGGUAUCGAUCGUUUAGUUCGCUCGCGCGUAGGUAAUUGAAAACGGUUUUUCCCAACACUAGACGGAAGUUCUACGGAAAAUCGAACACUAGACGAAGGUGGGCAGAUAGGUAUGCAAAAUGAUUCUAGCCAACUUUACAAUCUAAUACAUCAGAUAGGUCCGGCUCUCAGACGUUGUAUGAUGGAUAAACAUUACCCGAAACUAAAGGUAAUCCGUGUCCCUGUUUUCGUCUUUGAGUUGGUAGAAUAGACCUUCUUUUUUUGGGGAAACGUAAGAACACUUGUCCCCUAAUCUGUAGGAAUCUAAAAUAAUGGGUUUUCUGUACGUUAUAAAUUGCAUGUAUCGUGAAGAUAAAUUCAGUUGAGGGAAUCUUUCAUGCCUCGGGUUGCUUAAUCCAAAAAAAGGUCUGCUGUGGAUGAUGAGAUUCACACAGUCAACAUUAUUUAAAUUGUUUGCCUGUAGCAGUGUUGCAAACUUCAACGAGUGUUUAACAGACGCAUAUAAUGCGCUCAUUUGCUAUUUCUUUAUAAGCUGUCUGUUGAAUGAGGAGAAUCGUGUUCGUGUUGGGGCAGCUGGAGUGAAAGUGAUUAUCCUACCGUUCGUUAUCAUCCUUUCGGUUUUUAUACGUUAGCGUUGUGUUUAAUUUGUGUUGCGUAGUUCGGUUUAGCCGUCCAGUUUGAGCAUAUAGUGCAGUGAAAAAAGAAAAGAACACACACUGAGCGAAUGUGAAUCGAAGAAUCGCUUCUUCACGGUUUGCUAGUUACAGUGCGAAGGGGGCUGGUUAUAUAAAUAUGGGAUUAGCUGGCGCAUUUGGUGUACUGUAUAUCUUUAUCACAUAAGGCUUAUAAAUUUGAGAUAAAGUAUCGAU